AUGGCCAUCAUCGCUACCGCCUUUGCCGAGACCGUCAAGUUUUCGGGAUCCAAGCAGGAGCUCCAGAAGCGAACCCUGGCUCUGUACCGACAGUUCCUGCGAGGUGCCCCCACCUUUGCCGAUUUGUACGAGGUCCAGUUCUCCAUCCCCACCAUCCGAACCAAGAUUCGACAGGAGUUUGAGCGACACCGAUUUGUCGACGACCUGUCCAUCCAGAACGUGCUGUACGCCAAGGGCCACAUGGAGUACCAGGAGUGCAUCAACUUCUGGAAGCAGCAGGCCCAGUUCCUCAAGUACUUCCCUGAGGAGGACGACAUCCAGGGACGACACCAGCCCUCUAACUUUGUGGACAAGUUCCUGAAGAACCGUGCUUAA